GUGUUUUGUUCAAAUUCAGUUACAAGAACAAGCACCGUUUGCAUGUUUCAAUUGUUUGCAAAAUAAUUUUUACUGCUCUCUAAUUAAAUGUAUUACCAAUUUGUCACUUUGAUAACUUGUUUACGCAAGUUGAUGAAUUUAAUUUUGCAAAAAAACGAGUAACUUUUGAAAAAAAUGGUUUUGCAAACAUUUUUGUGUCAGUUCUUGACAUACGCAUCCAAGUUUCAUUUCUCGUGUUUGGUAAGUUUGGUUGUCGAAUGUGAAUCGUUUUCGAUUUAUUGCGCCAAAUUCUCUUGCUAAAGCUGUAAAAAUGGUUGUGUGCUUGAGUGUUCGUAAUAUGUUCUUUUACUAAAAAUUAAUUAAUUUGUAGUGUAUUGUUAACUUUUCCGAGAUCGCAUUCAACCAUGGAUUUCGAAUACAUGGAUCCUGAUGAAGAGUUCGAGAUGCGGCUUGCCGAAGAAGAAGAACUAAUGAACGAAUACGCAUGCAUGAUAGAUGACGAACCGCCUCCUGGUCCUCCGAAAAAGUCUCUGAAAUUCGACAACUUGCCUGUCUCUUCGAAGUCUAACACACCAAAAAAUCAAACGUUUGAUAAGGAUUCGUCGUCUAUGUCAUCGAGUCUGAAUCGAACACCAAAUAUUGAUGAUUUACCUUCGACGUCGAGUGGUAUAUACCACGCAGAAGAUAUACAACCAUUUGUAUCCCAAAAUUCGCUUCCAAAUGGUAUCUCUUUCACGCCAAAAUUGAAUGGAUACGCUAAAGUCACUUCUCCUCCAUUAAUAGAUUUGGAAGAGUCGUUUAACGAUUUUGGAAAAACCAAAAUCGUAGUGAACGAAAAUCAUUCUUCCAAAGAUGUUGAAAACGAUAGAAUCGUAGUCAACGGGAGUCAUUCUAAAGAUGCCGGAAAUGCUAAAAUCGUAGUUAAUGGAAGUCAUUCGAAACGUAUUGGAAAUACUAGACUUGCAGCGAAGGAAAAUCAUUCCGAGAGUUCCAACAAAAGAACUGCCGAAGAUUUAUUUGGAGAUAUUGAUGACAUUGAUUUCAAUGAAGACUUCGAUUUCGGUUUUGGUUCAAUGGCGAAAAAAUCGAAGAAAAAUAGUGAUCCUAUUGAAGAACGCGAUGCUCUUCUCAUCGCUAGAAUUCUAGAAGAAAGAAAGAAACGAGCUUCGAGUAAUACUUUUCAGGAUAUUUCAAACGAUGCCAGACAAAAAAAGAAAUCUGAAUGCGUAUUGGUAAGAAGAGUUCCCAAGUAUAAUUUCAUGACUCUUAGAAAUGGCAAAGGAGAAAAAUUUUACACGAAAUUGCACUCCGAUGAAGCUGUAAAUUCAAAGAUCGUCUCUGUUUCGGAAGAAUUGAAAAAUACUAGAUUACUCAACAUUCCAUUUGAAACUAUUAUGAAUGAAGCAAACACAAUUAUCGCAAAAAAACUCGAUGCUGAGAUGAAUACUCCUGAAGAAAGAACUAUUGUGAAUCCGGCCAAAUCAGCUGAUACUGAUUUAUGGGUUGAAAAAUACAAACCAAUGUCGUACAUAGAUUUAUUGAGUGAUGAGGGAACAAAUCGAAUCCUAUUGCAAUGGAUCAAAUUGUGGGAUAAAAUCGUUUUUGGAAGAGAAAAAAAGAUCAGAAUUAAGGAGAACAAACCUAAAUUUGAACCAAAAUUCCAAAGAAAAAAUGUUCUCGUACUGGACGAAGAAUUAGACGAUACCGGUUGCCCUAAGUUCAAAUUAGUAUUACUUUGUGGUCCUCCUGGAUUGGGAAAGACUACUCUUGCUCACGUUGUAGCUAGACAUGCCGGAUAUAAUCCUGUGGAGAUGAACGCCAGUGAUGAUCGUAGUCCAGAUAUAUUCAGACAACAGUUGGAAGUAGCCACCCAAAUGAGAGCUGUGAUUGGCACGUCACCACGACCGAAUUGUCUUAUUAUUGAUGAAAUUGAUGGUGCUCCUUCUCCUUCCAUAGAUGUAUUAGUCAAAUUUGCCAGAGGUGAUAAUAAAAAGCAGCCGAAGAAGAAAACCGCCAAAUUAACUGGAUCGCUGAAACGUCCGAUCAUUUGUAUAUGUAACGAUGUAUAUGUAGCUGCUUUACGGCCAUUGCGACAGAUGGCUUUCGUUAUACAUUUUCCUCCUACGUCAUUGCAAAGAUUAACUCAAAGAUUACUCGAUAUCACUCAACGUGAAAAAAUCAAAACAGAUCUAUCAGCUAUGAUGGCGCUAUGUGAGAAAGCGAGCAAUGAUAUAAGAACGUGCUUAUCCACGAUCUACUGCUUAAAGGGUCAGCCUAUAAAGACUAGUACAAUAUCACAAGCGAACAUUGGCAGUAAAGAUAUGCAGAAAGGAUUGUUUACAGUAUGGCGUGAUAUAUUUCAAAUUCCUACUACCAGCACGAAGCGCGAAGAAUUGAAGAGUGACAGUCGCAAAAUGGAAACGGAUUUGAUUCUAUCGCGAAGAUUGCAUUCGGUGUUAAGUUCAGUUCAAGGUAAUGGAGAUUAUGACAGAUUAGCCCAAGGCGUGUAUGAAAAUUUCCUAAACGUCAAGACGAGAAAUUUCUCAAUGAAUAAUGUUUCCAAAAGCUUGCAAUGGUUUUGUUUCUUCGAUCAGAUCAAGAGUACAAUUGCAUCGACGCAAAUGUAUACUCUCAUGACGUAUAUGCCGUAUUGUUUCGUUAUGUGGCAUUUCCUUUCCGCCACUUAUCAAUCGUCUAAAUUGAACUAUCCGAGUUUAUUAUUUGAACUGAUGACCAAGCAAUUGAAAUAUCAGCAGAUUGUUCACGAAGUAUUAAAAGGCAUGGAACCGAAAAUUCGAGCCUAUAGUCAUUACGAGCAAUUAUUGUUGGAUAAUUUACCUUUUUUUACUCAUUUAUUGAAUCCUAGUAUCAGACCUGUUAGCGUACAGCUUUUUAGUAAUGCUGAAAAAGCUGCUUUAUUUCAACUAGUCAGUACAAUGAUUGAUUAUAAUUUGAAUUUUGUACAAGAAAGAACGCCAGAUGGAAGUUACCAGUUUAUUCUUGAUCCGAAUAUAGAAGAAGUUGUCGAGUUCCCCGAUAUACAAACGUCAAAGCGAUUAAGUUAUUCUCUAAAGAUGACAAUUUCCAGAGAAGUUGAACAAGAAAAAAUUAGACGUUUGGAAACUUCGUUACUAAAGAACAACACUGGUUUAAAUACUCAAGUUAUCUUACCACCUAUGGAAGUUGAUGAACCUGUCGAAUGUGUCGAAGUGAAUUUAUCUGAAAGCAGUGCGUUGAAAGAAAAUCUACCGCAAGAGAAGAAAAAUCAUUUACAAAAGUUGACUCCUAAGGCGAUAAAGAAGACUAGUUCGUCGGUAACCAAGGAUUUCUUCGGAAGGAUCGUCGAAAGAAGCGCUGCCGAAAAGAAGAGUAUGGCCAAGGUCGAUGAAAUUGUGAAAAGCGAUAUUUGGUAUCACUUCAAAGAGGGAUUUAGCAACGCUGUUCGUAGAUCAGUAUACAUGAAAGAUUUAUUACAAAAUUGAAAUUAAUUUUUCAUUUUUUUCGUUUUUUUUGAGUUGUUGCUGUUGAAGCUGAUCAAUUUUUCUUAGGUAUACUUCAAUGCGAUUUAUAAAGUUUAAGAUUGGUUUUUAUUUUAAUGAUUGUUUUAUUUUUAAUUUUUUUACGUGAAUAAAAUGUCUCCUGUUUGUUUUUGAGUAA